UGUUCUGUUUCUUCUCCUGAUGCUGUUCUGCACAUGAAAGGAGGAGCAGCUCCCGAAGAGGCAUGGCAUGAGCUGGAAGCAGCCGCUGGAGAGUGACCGUAGAAGAUGUCGAACCAGAGUACUGGUGACACCAAGCCCCCAUGUUUACCCCGGAAUGGAUUGGUGAAGAUCCCCAACCAGCCCAAUGGACUUGGCUCUGCCAGCAUCACCAAAGGGACACCAGCAGUGAAAAACCGGCUGUGCCAGCCUUCUUCCGUGCCUGCUAUCAUCAGCCCAGCCUUAUCCAAUCACAGUGACCUUCCCAUACCCAGUCUGGCAUCACCGCUGUCCUUGGCAACUCUGGCAGGGGUGCCGUCCCCUUCCAGCACCUCCAUGGUGGGACUGAACUUGAGUGAGGCCUCCCCGACAAAUGAGCACCCCUCCCCAGAGAGGCACCCUGGCUCCCCCACAGAAAGGCAGCUUGCUGUGGAUGAGAAGAUCCUCAACCGCUUGUUCUGGUACUUUUCAGCCUGUGAGAAAUGUGUCCUGGCCCAGGUGUGUAAGGUGUGGAGGCGGGUCCUGUACCAGUCCAAGUUCUGGGUAGGCCUGACACCAGUGCUGCACACCAAAGAGCUCUACAACACCCUGCCCAGCAGUGAGAAGGAGUUUGUUAACCUCCAGGGCUUUGCUGUACGGGGCUUUGACAGCUUUUGUCUGGUGGGGGUCUCGGACCUGGACAUUUGUGAGUUCAUUGACAACUACCCCCUGUCCAAGAAAGGGGUGAAGUCCAUGAGCCUUAAGAGAUCGACCAUCACGGACGCAGGGCUCGAGGUUAUGCUGGAGCAGAUGCAGGGCGUGGUGCGCCUGGAGCUCUCUGGCUGCAAUGACUUCACAGAAGCCGGCCUGUGGUCAAGCCUGAAUGCUCGCAUCACCUCCUUGAGUGUCAGCGACUGCAUCAAUGUGGCUGACGAUGCCAUAGCUGCCAUCUCCCAGCUGCUGCCCAACCUGACUGAGCUCAAUCUGCAGGCCUACCAUGUGACAGACACGGCCUUGGCCUACUUCACUGCCAAGCAGGGCUACACCACCCACACCCUGCGCCUCAGCUCCUGCUGGGAGAUCACCAACCAUGGAGUGGUCAACAUGGUGCACAGCCUGCCCAACCUGAGUGUGCUGAGCCUCUCUGGCUGUUCCAAGGUGACUGAUGAUGGGGUGGAGCUCGUGGCUGAGAACCUGCGGAAGCUGAGGAGCUUGGACCUGUCAUGGUGCCCUCGGAUCACUGACAUGGCCCUGGAGUAUAUCGCCUGUGACCUGCAUAAACUGGAGGAGCUCGUGCUUGACAGGUGUGUACGGAUUACAGACACUGGACUCAGUUACUUAUCCACCAUGUCAUCCCUUAGGAGCCUGUACCUCCGCUGGUGCUGCCAGGUACAAGACUUCGGCCUGAAGCAUCUCCUGGGCAUGAGAAGUUUGCGCCUGUUAUCUCUUGCUGGCUGCCCGCUGCUCACCACCACUGGGCUCUCAGGCCUUGUCCAACUUCAAGACCUGGAGGAGCUGGAGCUGACCAACUGUCCUGGCGCCACACCCGAGCUGUUCAAGUAUUUCUCCCAGCACCUGCCGCACUGCAUGGUCAUCGAAUAAGCAGCCCCAGAGAUUGGCCAACCUUUGGAGCUGUCCCCUUCAAUCCCAACCCAACACUGAUCAACCAACCAGAGUUAUCAUUUCGUUUUAAUUUUAUGUUUUGGGACAGAUGUUGAUUUAAACCAUCCACCAUGUGUACAGCAAUCAGGAGUUAGUUAAUCACAUCAACGCAUUGGAUGAGGACACCUAGAGAGAGGGAUAUAUGCUGUCUCCAUAGAGAUGGGCAUCCACCUGUUCCAUAAGACACAAUCUCCUGCAAGAAUCUCUCUGAAAAGUUUGUAAAUUUUCCACACCAUCACUCAUCUUCUUUGUAAUGGUCUGUCCUGAAAAAAAAAUUAUUUAAAAAUCACAGCUAAACAAAAUACCAACGAAAAACAAGCAAACAAAACAAAGUGAAUAAAUGACCACGAUUGGAGAGUUGGGGCAGGUUGGCACAGUUUCAUGUCCUGCGUGGUGUCCCCCCUCAAUGCUGGAUCCCAUGUGGUUUCUGCCCAAUGUCUCACGUCACAGCAGUUAGAAGUUCCUUCUGAGACCCCCACAUUUCUGUGAGGCUUGGCGUUGAGUCUGAGGGAGGGGCCUAAUUGGAGCCCCUCCCCAUUCUGGAUGGUUGAAACCAGUGUUUCCAUCAUGGCAUAUGCUGGCAGGAGCUGAGCCAGAAAGCUAAGAAGAGAAGAGGAGAAUCCUGAGGGACAGAGAGACUUGAAGGAGAAAGGAUGAAAUUACUGAUGCCGUGUGCUUGCUCUGUCUCUUAAUUACUUCAGCGGGACACUGCAGAGUCUGCCACGCUGGAGACAUUUUAAAAAAUAAACUGACCAACGCUGUGAAAGAGAAGCACGGGGCCUGUUCUGAGGCUUUUGGCAGGCCGGGUGCCUUCUGCUUCAGAAGAUGGAGCUGAUAUGUUGACCGUGAUUGUAUUGUUUUCACUGAAAGUACAGAUCCGUGAGCAAAUUUCUUGAGACACAAACAAACCCACCUCCCCACUAAAUCCUCUGAAAACCCAGUAACCCCAAGGUCACAUGAUCUUGGGUAGACGGUUGCCUACUGCUGUUUUCAUUUUGUUAAUAAGAUGUUCUUCUCAGAACAGCCUGCAGCCUUCGCAUGCUAGCUUGCUUCAGUCUUGUGGUAAGGUAGGUUCUGGAAUGUGCAGGGGCUGGGAAGGCCUAUGGAGCAGCCCUCUGCCCAGCUCCAGUUCUCUUCCAGUGUGAAGCUGGUGUGGCUUUGUAUCCAAUCCACAUACAUUUAUUGGAGUACAGGUUUAACUGUGGUAGCUGGGAGCCUAGAGUAGCUCCCCACUCCUCCACCAGCCUGAGCCUCCUUCAACUAUCCCCCUUCUAGAGCUGGAGGCUGGAGGCUCUAGAAGGGGUGAGGAAAGCUAUGGCGUCCUACUGGGCUUGAUUUGUGUGGCAAUAUGCCUUAUGCCUGGCAGCAUCUUUCCCCAGGCCCAGCUUGAGGCCAGCUCACUUCUAGGACAGAGGGAAGGCUGGCAGCAUGUCAAUCAGACCAGUCUGGGAUCCUACUAGGGCAGUGGGCCCUAAACUGUGGGGUAUGCCCCCCGGGGGGGUGCAUAGGAACAUCUGGGGGACGCGGCAGGGCCACUUAGCUCUGCUCUGGCCCCAGCUCAUCUCUGGCCCUACCCAACCCCAGCCCCAGUUGCAGCCCCCAGCCCCAGCUUAGGGUUGCCAGGAUAUUCACAGUAACCAGCCUCUGCCACUGGGGGGGACAGGAAGAGCAGCAGCUACUGCUGGAGUCUGGAGGAGCACUCAGCAACUGCUCCAGCCAAGAGAGGUUCACCCUUGGAGCGUGGCUUCCCCUCCUCUGUCCUGCCCCACUCACCCCUCCACCCAUGGAGCGUGGCUCUCUCUCCUCUGUCCUGCCCCACUCAUUCCCCACCCGUGGAACAUCACUCCUUCUCCCACGUCCUGUCUCACUCACCCCAUCUCUGGGGGCACUGGACCGAGUAAGGAGGAGGAGGUGCUUUAAAAAAGUUUCGGGACCACUGUACUAGGAUCACCACCUUUUCAAAAUGCAAAAA